AACCCACAUUCGUUUUCGUUCGUCCAAGUCGUCACCACCGUUCUUGCAGGUCGCGUGUUCGUGAUUCUUAUAGUCGUUGCUGCAGUCCAUCACAACAGUUACUGACCUAACAACACUCAACCGCGUUUUGAAUCGUCCGGUACGGCUGUCAAAGUCCGGGAAAGUGUCUCGUGCUUGUUACUUACAUAAAUAGAUACUCUUUUAUUAUUUUGUAAUCCGUAUUUUGUGCCGCCUUUGGAUAUUCCGUCCGGCCAAAAGUUAUUACGCCAGCUGAAGAUAAGAUUGAGUUUUAGAGUAAAUGGGUUUAACAAAAAUACAAUGAGUGUAAGGAUUUCUACUUGUUGGAUUUCUCUCAACAUUCUUUUAGGAAUUGUUGUCAUUGUCGCAAGUGAACACUUUUAUUUGCCAAAGGAAAAUAAUGUGUUUUCCAAUGAUUUGCAAGAUGACUGGGUACCUGUACCUAGUGCUGACAAACGUUCUACUAGAUUAAGUCAUCCUCAUACGCCAAACAUUCACAUAACUCCUACAGUUAGGUUUAGCAGUAGACCAUCUAUCCAACAAAUGGAUGAUGCAGCGUCGAACAAAGUCGAAGUAUUUGCCCCACCACCUCCAUCUAUUCUUGGAUCUUUUAGUGAAUUCGGCCAUGCUACAAUAGAAGCACGAGAACCGGCUCAUAUGUUGAAUUUUAGACCUAGCUAUAAUUUUGAUAGACAAUACGAUGAAGGAAAUGAUCGUCGUUAUCAACAAAACGAACAUCAAGAAAUUCAGGAUGAACAAAAACCAUUGGCUAUUUUUGGGUUUAAUGCCCAACAAAGACAUCCUCAAAAUUAUCAUAGAGCACCCCUGCAAUCACAACCUCAGUUUUUUCAAUAUCAAACUAAUCACAAAUUACCCGUGUACAAAGAGUCACAAACUUUAAAAGAAACACCUAAGCGUGUUGUACAACAUUUUGUUUCCAAUGAUCAUAUAUAUUCACGACCCAUUAAUAAACAAAUAUAUUCUGAACAACGACCAAAGACUUAUCAAAUCAAUACAGCAGAAACUUCUGCCGUUCAUCAACAGCAAUUUAUUAAAUCAACUACGGAAAAUCCGUACUUCCAGAAAUACCCUGGCCACGUUGAUAAUCAAAAGUUAUUCCCACAAAUUUCAAAUUUUGCAAGGCCCUUUGAACAACCUAGUGACCAUAACGUUUAUAUUAAACCAAAUCAAUUUAUUCAUAACUUUAAUGUAGGUUCAGAAGUUAGAUUCGGACAAGAAUCGGAUACAAUUAAAACCACCGCACCACCGAUCGAUCUAUCAUCUGCUUUUACACAUCCCUCGACAAGACCUUUCAGUAGAUUCCCAACACCUCCUACUAACAAUCCAGAACUAUUCCGUAUAUUUCCUGUAAAAGAGGUAAAUGCAUUGCCGACAUUUUUACCAACGCCCUCUACAUUCAAUCUGAGUGACACUUGGCAUUCUAAUUAUGGCUUAUCCCAUUAUAACAAAGACAUAAUAACUGGUUCUGAAGAAUUCAAUGAAGGAAGUGAAGAACAAGACGAAACUGAAUCUAUAGAACAGUAUGGCUUUUCUAAACAUCCACAAAUUACCACUACAACCACAGAACCACCACCUCCACCAAUCAGACCUUUACGUAGAAAAAAACCAUCCAAAACAAGAACAACCACAGCAAUACCGGAGGAAGAAUAUGAAGCACCACAACAAGAGGAAGAUUCGACUACUUCGUAUUAUGAACCUGAACUUGUACUUAACAAAUAUAAGAAAAAGAAACCAUUGCCAUCAUCAUUGUACUCUUAUAAUAGAUUGAGAGAUCCCGAUGAUAAGUUAAUGAACAAUAAUGUUGAGCAACAAGAAUCGUUCUCGCCACCAACCACAACUUCAACGACUACAACUACUACUACAACGACAACUCAGCCAAGUACUACUACAGAAUCGGACUCAUUAGCUCUUAGAGUGAGAACAAAACCUAAGUACGGAAACGGAACUCGUCCAAGAUUCAGUAUUAAAGAUUAUAAAACCUCAACAUCAACACCAUUAACAAUAAUGACUACUGCAAAAGUAGUUCCACAAUCUUCACCAACUCGUCGGACUACAAUCACUACCACUAGCACUACGCAAGACCGGGAAGUGUCAGAGCAAACAACCACUAGAAAAACUUAUAAACUACGCGCUCGACCAAAUCGGUUCAAGUCAACAAGCACAUCGACCACUGAAGAACCACAAAUUGAACCAGAAACAACGACUAUCGAAAGAAGAAUAGUUUAUCGAGCUAAGUAUAAACCAGGUAAAUAUAAUCGUCUGAGGACAAGUACUGAGUCAACUUCAGAAAAUGCACCAAUAGAAGAAACUGAAGAGCCACAACCAGCUGAAACUUCCAAACCGACUAUGGUUUAUUCUGCCAAAAGACGAACGCUUCCUAAAUUGCCAACAACAGAGGCUGAAACUAACGUGAUCCGACGUAGUUCUGUUGCAAUAAAUGAAAAACCUGUUGAAACUAUGCAUGUCGCAUCUUCAGAAGAUGUAGACUAUAUUGUUACAAGCACUCUAGAACCAACUAACCAUAAAUAUUAUUCCUUUGCGCCCGAACGGCCCCUAUUACCAAUUGAGGCUUUCUUUCAAUCUUCAUUCACCGGGAAAAGACAUAAUAUAAGAUAACUACAAAAUUCGCAUUUUAUUGAUUCGAGAAAUAAAAUGUAUUUUUAUUUCAUUUUCUCAUCUAUGAUAUUGCCUCUAAUUACUCAAAUAUUUAUAAAUAAUAUGUAUAUUCAUUAUACAUAUAUAUUAUAUAUAUACUCAAUCUAAUUGUUUUAUAUUCACUAUAGGAUCUAAAUUCAAAAUCACUUGAUAUUAUUGAAAAUUACAUCCAUUUAUAAUACCCGAGUUAAAUAUUUUUAAACUAAAGAUAUUUUUUUUUUAAUUUUAAAAGUAAUGAAAACACAAUUAUUUGUUUAAAUUAGACAAAUUUUAUGAAUGAUGUUUAAGGCAUUUUAAAAAAUUUAAAUAAUGGGAAUAGAAAUCAAAAAAUAAAAAUUAUAGGAAAUAAUUAAUGGAUUAUUUUAUGUACAUAAAUAUUAUGAAUAAUUUUGUUAAAUAUUUUUUUUAUUUUUUUAACUAUAUAGUAGUUUUUGGACUAGAGAUCCAUUAUAAAUUUUAAAUUUCGUUCUAAAAAUGAAUGAUUGUUAAACCUUGGCAUAAACUUACAUAUGUAAAAUAUUUACUAUAUAUAUUUUUUAUAGAAUACCUUAGUCAGAAUUUUUAUUUCAAACUUGAUUUUUAAAAAAUGUAAAUAAUAUUAGGUCAAACGUUUAGUGAGUAAUUUAUCAUAAUUUUUAAAUUUCUAUGUAUUUUAAUUAUUUAUUAAAAAAAAAUUUAUACUAAAAAUAAACAUUCUUCCUUAUAGAGAUAUAAUAAUUUGAUUAUAUAAUAAAAAUUUGUUGAAAAUUUUA